ACUUCAGUGGGAAAUUCAACUAUUCGAGUUAUAAAUUUAAUUGUUACGAACAAGUAAAAUGUUUAUUUUAAAUAGAUAGUUACAAAUUUUCAAUAUUACAAUAAAUACAAUAAUUACAUUACAUUAAUCAUGGUUUCUAAUACUCACUUAAUAUUAGUUAGAGUAAUUUUACAAUAAAUGUUCAUUGUUUAACUAUUCAUUUUAAAAUUGAUAUUGAUACAAUUAACAUAAAUCGAAUUUGGUACAUAUAAUAAUAUAACAUACGUAAUAUUUUAUUUGUGCCAUGUAUUAAUAUGGCAUUAAUAUUAAUCUAUUAGUUUUAACUGAUUACAAUAAUGUAAAUUUGUGUAUUUAAACUAUAAGAAUAUGCAUACAGUCGGAUGUCAACUACUUUUCGCUGGCUUUCUCGGUCUCCUCAUGCAACUUUAUGCAUUGCCUAUGGACAAUUCUAUCAACAAACUUAUGUUACGUUCAUCAGAUCGAUUAGGUCUAGUAAAGUAUUUCAAAGAACUAAAACUUGAUGAAUUUUGUAAUGAUCAUUCGAUAUUGGAUGAUGAAAAAUUCAAAUUGUUGGAAUCCAAGUACCCUGAGUCAUGCCUAUGCACAGUUAUUUACAAUAUGACACAAGAACUGGAAUCCACCAAAAUUAAUAGUUCAGAUGUAAACAAAGUAAAACAACAUUGCAAUAAAAUCGAUAAAAAUAAUUAUUCAGAUGUAUUUAAAGUUUGGAAAAAUGUAGCAUCAUUAUCUUCAUCAUUAAAAUUAUUCAUGGCCCCUUUAAAAGAUUCGAGUGCAUGGCAAUUAGUUUGUCAUGUUGACUAUUCGGUUGAAAAUGUUAGUCCACUCUGUCAAUUUUUAAAUUUAGAAAUUACUUUGAUUGAAUCGUAUUUUACGCUGAAACAAUGUGAGUAUUGCAAAUUUACAAAUAUAUAAUCAAUAUACAUUUUAUCAAUUAUUUAUUACAAUUAUUGUUUAGCUAAACAAAAAUCUAUCAACAAUAUAAAUGAAAAUAAUCAGAAGUCUCUUAGUGCAAUAGUUAAGACUAAAGAACAGGAACAGAAUAUUGAUAUACCUGACGACCUUCCAUCAACUAAUUCUAGUGACUAUUCUAAUGUCAUGUCCAUACCAGAAGUGAGUACUUUUUAUUAAUACACUAAAAGAUAAUAAAGUUUUGAUGGUUCUCAUGUUUGGAUUUUAUAAGUUUUAUACAUUCUUUAUGAGCAAUUUUCAGUUUGUUUAAAAUUUGAAUUUACUGAAAUCAAUACUGAAUUUAAACUACUAAAGUAACAAUAAAAACAAAACAUUUUAAAUUAUUAUCUUAUAAUUUUUUAAAUAUUUAAACAAUUGAUAUUUAGUUUUAUUUAUUAUUUUCUUCUUAUUUAAAUUCCUCUCUUUAAAAUAGACAUAUUUCCUUUUUGAUUUAUCGUCACAAUAAUUGUUAUUUAUAUAAACACCUUCAUAUUUGACAUAUACAAAAUAAAAAUUGAGUGUACUUAUUUUUAAAUUCAUAUAAUUUAACUUUACUGUUAUGAUAAAAAAAGGAAAAUAUUUUAUUAAUUUAUAUAAAAAAAAUUGUUUCUUUAAAAGGUAUAAUAAUGGAAAAUAAUUAAUACUUCCAUGAUAAUUUUUUAACUUUUAAUUUUGUUGUUGAUGCAUAUAGUUAAUAUAUAGUUGUGUUGAUUUUGUAAUGUUUUAAAAUAAAUUUAUUUUGAUAACUUUUUUAAGUAUAAAUUUAAGAAAAUGCUUAAACAAAAUAGUAAAAUUUAACAUUUUAAAAAAUUACUUAUUAGGAAGAUAAUCUAGGUGUCAAAAUUGAAACUCCUAAUGAACUUAUUAGUGUCAAAGAAGAACAACCAGAAACAUCUAAUAAAGAUGAUGAAAAUACCAAUGCUGAUUAUCAAACCGAAAUUGAUAAAGAUAAAGAAAAAGAAAAAGAACUUGACAAAGAAAAAGAACUUGACAAAGAAAAAGAACUUGACAAAGAAAAAGAAAAAGAACUUGACACUAAAUCUAAAAGCAAUAUUAGUAAGCAUUUAUAUUGAUAAGUAUAAUGCUAUAAUACAUUUGUAACCAUGGCUAAUUUAAUAUUUUAUUGACUUAUUCUUUACAGAACCCAAUAAUGAUAAUUCCAAGGACGAUUAUGGUACCACUUCACAAAUAGGUGAACUAAAACUAUUUUUAAACUAACCAUAUUUAUAGUGAUGACUCUUAGGCGCUGAUUAAGGGAGUGUUAUAAUAAGAAAAAUUCCUCUGUUUUAGUUUAAUUAUAAUAAUGUAAUAAUAUUAAAAAGCAUUUUUACAACUAUUAGUGAUUAACUGUUUUUAUCUUAAAUGUAUCGUCAAAUGUAAUGCUCUUUGUUCGUAUCUUUUGAACAAAUCUAUUAUUCUUGAUAUUAUCAUUUUAUUAUUGUUGAGACAUGAGACAACACAUAGUGUUGUCCAAAUACUAGCAUCCAAUCAUGAUUUAAAUAUUUAUCUAUACGCAAAAGAUAAUAUGCAAAACUAUAUGUAUUUGGAUUUUCAUAUACAGCUGGAACAACUUCACAUUUUGUCUCUACUAAACAUGUUGGUCACACCAACUGAACAAUUUUCAUAAAUUUAAAAUAAUUUGUCCUUUCCUUCAAUUUUAUGCAAGGGUUUGAUUGUCCUCUCAUCCAAGCCACGAGCUACCACUGCAUAUUUAUUAUAAUGCUAGUACUAUUUUGUAUGACUUUGCCAGUGCACAUUAUUGAAUAAAAUAAAAUUAAAAAAAAAUUAUAGCAUGUUUCCCUAUGAUUCCCAGUUUUCACCCUCGUACAAUUAAUUAUUGCCUGGUAAUUAAUUUUUUUUAAAAAAGAUGCUCUCUUGUUCGUGGCAACUUUACAAUAGUUACUUUAGUUAACAUUUAAUUUUACUAUUAUGUGAAGAAACAACCAACUUGUUAACUGUAAAAUCUACUAAAUUGAUCUUCAAAUAAAAUUGUUAAAAUUAAUAAUAAAUUGAUCCAGUAAUUUUUACAAAAAAACUUGUUUAUGGCUGUAAUACUCAGUGAAUUUAAAUAGUGUGAUACAGACUGUUAAUAUUUAAAAUAAUUAAUUUACUUAUUUAAAUAUAUUUUAAAUGUAAAAUAUAUUUUGUGAUUAAAUAGUAGUAGAGAGUAUGAUUCUUUCCAUGAUGAUUUUUACACUGAAUUAAUCAUAAACUUUACUUUUAUAUUUUUAAAUUACUACAUAGUGUUUAGGUAAAAAAAACAGAAAUCAAAUUAUCUUAAAAAAAACUCUGAGAUAAAUGAUAUUCUAAAGUAUUACAACAUUGUAAAAAAUAUGUUUUUUUUUCAUUUUAAUACAAUUUAUAAAUUUAUUACACAUAAUGAAUAAAAUAGAAUUAUGAUUUUUUUAUAGAAACUAAAGAAACCAAAUCAAGACUUCAAAAUAAUGUAUUUGGUGGACCAGAAGAAACUCAUUUUCUUUUCUACUUUGGAAUUAUGACUCUACUCUCAAUGCUUUUUUAUCUAGCAUUAUACAAUAAAAAAAAAGUAUGCAUACAAUUUCAUAAUUGCACAUAUUUUGGUUUGAAUAUAUUCAUGUGUUUUGAUUAUUUAUUAUAUUUAAAUUGUUUAAAAAUGUCUCAUACAGUAUUUUCAUAUUAUAGAUAAUUGCAUUAGUAAUUGAAGGUCGACGAAGUACUGGUCAUCGAAGACGUCCUAAUACAGCUACUUAUUCAAAAGUAGAGACUGAUGAUGGAUCAACUGUUUUUUGAAUGAAUUUGUUACUUAAUAAAAUUAAUUGUAAAAAACAAAACAAAUUAGUUUUAGAUUAUCAUAUUGUAUAUAAGAACUUAUUGUGUUGAGCGGUUGUUGAUCAAAGAGUUUCCUAUAACAGUUGUCAAAGUUGUAAUGGAUAUAACAUAAUUUAGUCAAAAAAAUUCUGUGAUGAAAAAAAUAUAACUGUAAAUACUUUUUACAAUAUUUUGUUUUUAAUAAAAGUAAACUUUAUGGUCUUAUUUUGGUAUUACCUAAUUGAAUACUUUAAAUUGUUGAACGUAUUGUUUGGUAUUGCACAACAAAAUAUAAUGAUAUUCAAAUAAUGCUUAAAUUUGUAUUGGUUUUUAAGAAAAUAGUUUUGUCUUUUUUU